CCGGGUAGGGCGAGCGUGUGUUUGCGGCGUGGUGCGCGUGAGCGCGCGCCUAGUUGUCUAGAGUGGUUGAGUUACACAGGAGGCUUUUUCCCCUCUCCUUCUUUCGCCGGUUGAAGUCAAGAAUAAAGCAUGCUGAGACCGGACUCGAAAUGCAGAUAUAACGGAGGAGAGAGUCAGCCACCUGCCUGCUAGGAUAAACACAUACAUUUACAUACGCGCGCGCGCACACUCACAUAUAUACACACACACACUGUUGGGCAGACAGGGAUAAGCAGAAAACCUGGCCGAACGAUGCGGACUGCAGUGGCGCUUCCCGGCUUUACGCAUUCCCGCAUUCCGCACACGCACUCAUGACAAGGACGCGAGCCUCCUAAACACCUUUUAACACCAUCCUCCGAAUAUGGAUGGAUUCAAUAUCUGUAAAAUAUGGAUUUGAUUAUUAAGCAACCCCAGAGUUGUAUCUAAAUGGCUUAAAAGAAGGGGAAAGAAAGAAUCAGAUUCUCAGUAUAUCUAACACCAUGCCUUGAAGUAAAUGUCAAUAUGAUCUGCCUCACUGCAUGAUGGCACCUUAAAUGACCAAGACUGACCUGAUGAGAUUUUGACCAAGUUAUUACAGAAGGUAUCAUUGGCUCUCAGCUGUGUCACCUGAGCCAUGCGGAAGUGUUUCACAUCCACUCCUCCACCCAAAUCCAUCCAUCCACAGGCUAUACAUCAUCAGCAACUAUCCCCACAAUCCACACCUACUCACAAUUUUCCUCCAGAGAAGCUGAACCAGUGUGUGAGCAUUGCACUGAGUCACAGAAUGGCUAGUAAAAAUGUGAAAAAGCACCACUCAUCCUAUUCCUCAACUUCAGUGCCAGUCUCUGGCCCAGGAACUCCUUCUCGAGGCUCCCAACAACCUCAUGGCUCAACUCAGCCAUUAGAGCUUGGUCAAACAUCUGUAGUUACCUUCAGCUACAUUGAGAAGGCAAAAGUCAAGCAACUGGAGAGUCCACACAAUGUCUUGAGGGUGCAAAGAGAAACUGCUCAGCCACAUAAGAAUGAUCUGGAUUUUGCUGUCUCCUCAGGCUCCAUCAGCAAUAAUAGUCCUUUUCACCAGCAGGCGGGCUCACCCGCUCUCAACCGAAUCACUGUGGACUGUGGAGUCACAGUGGGUCGAGCAGCCACUCAAAGGGCCCUAGAGGAUUUUGGGUCACCCCAACUAAGGUCCAAAUUUGCCCAUGGGUCAGACUGGAGUCCAAAGCCGAAACACAACCAGCAAGUGCAAUGUCAGUCGUGGGCAGGAUCUCCUGGACAAGACAAUAAUUCACACAACCAUGAAAAAGACAGACCGAGUGCACCAUAUAGCCCAUCACAAAUCCCAGUUUCAAACUGUUUGUCAUCCCACACGGAACACUCCAACCUCUCAUUAGAGCAAAACUCCAUUCCCAAGGUACAGCAAGAUCAAAACUUACACCAGCUAUCUCAUGAAGGCACAUCCAGUGGGGUGGAUGGCACUCUCUCAGGUCAGAAGGGCAAUUUGUUGAUCACUAACGCACAUUCUGAAGGUCUAAACCAGCUCAGUGGCAGCAAUACCACCUCAGCAUUAAACAGUCCAGAGGUAGCACGUAAGCUUGCAGAGGAAGCCACCAAAAUCUCUGUUAUUUUUGAUGAUCUCAGAAAGUCACCUGCCCGCAAUGCUUUUGGAGUCCAGAGUGAGCUAGGCAGCCCCAAACAAUUUCAAAACUGCCCCUCCGAAAAUCGGAGCCCACUAAUGAAAAUGAACAUCCCUUUACAUGGGAUGCAUUCUGAUCUUCCCCUAACAAAUGGGGCGACCUCUUGCUCAUCUACAACAGAGUCCUUAGCCAGUCAUAGCCUUGAAAGGGGUGAGCAAACCUUCUAUAGCUCAAUACCCAUAGCACAGUACCCUGACCCCCAGCUUUACCCUCUCAUGCAGUGCGUCCAUGGCUAUCUAAAGGGGUGAAGGACUCACCCUUGCGGGAUCCUCGUGUGCUUUGGGGAGACUUGUCAAGCACAGACAGUCCCACACUGCAUAGAAGAAGGCUUCCACAGUACACAGGUGAAGUCUGGUACCAUCAUGAUGCCUGGGACCUCUACCCACAUGGGCACAGGGAGAUCAGGGAUCAGCCUGUGUCUGACAGUGUGGAAAUCUCCCGGAGACUUCUAAUUGGGGAACAUAUUGAAGAAGCACCAGUUAGUUGGACCUUUAUGCAGAGGUGGCGUGAGCAGGGAGAAAAUGAACUGCAAAUUAUUAACCCAGUCCAGAAAUUAGGGGACAGCAUGUCAGGAGAAGUGGAGGACCAAGGUGUUGAAAAAGGCACAAGGGAACUGCUGACAGGGCAUGAGACAGGGACUUCGAAACAGGAACAAAAGCAGGCAGAAUGGAGACGAAGACAAGCUUUGCUACUUGGUCCUGUUGUACUAGAUGAAGAGAAUGAGGAAAGAGCAGAGGUGGAGCAGAAUGGCGUACCAACUUCAUCUCCAAGCUCCAGUGGUGUCACAGGGAGUUUGGGAGAUCAUGAGUGUCUCUCACCUGAAUCCAGCAAUAACAGUAACCAGACCGAACAUGCCAGCUCAGGUAUCCAGUCUGAUAGUGGCUCAGCUGUACUGGGGCCAUCUCUGCACUCCCAGAAGAUUGCUCGAGCCAAGUGGGAGUUCUUAUUUGGAACCACAACAGAUACCGUCUCCAGUGAACAAGAAAAGAAGCUGUGCACUGCACCCCCUAGCUGCCUCUCCACCCCAACUCCACCCAAUUACCUACCACUACAGGAAGCUGCUCUCCGUGCCAAUCAUGACGUGCAGCGAGUUGAGGUGGAGCUUGUGACCCCUCCACCUGCUGCUCCAGGCACCUCCCCAAAAACAGGCAUAAUUCGUCGGACAUUGAAGUACUCCGAGACAGAUCUAGACGCAGUCCCCUUGCGGUGUUAUUGGGAGACUGACAUUGACGAGGUAUUACUGGCUGACAAGGAUGACUCUGACUCAGCUUUCGGGAGCAACCGUAGCGUGAUGGGCACCUCCGGUACAGGGAGCAGUCCACUGGGAGAAACAGCAUACAAGGGAACAGAUGGAGAGGAGGAGGACGUGGUGGAAGAGGAGAAGGAGGAUGUGGCCAGCUGGGCGAGUGUUCGCUCACAGUGUGAUAUGAGGAGGCAACAGGCCAGUCAAAAGCAGGAUGAGGAAGAGAUACUUAGCAUGCUGUUCAAGAGGCCCUGUUUAAAUAACGGUCACUCAGCUCUGAAAUCACCUGUUCUUGUAAAAGGUCCCCCCCAAACUUCGGGUGACCACAUGGACACCUUUAGUCACCAUUUUGAGAGCAUCCUGGAGUCUCAGCGAGCAAAAGGCACCUCCUACAACAGCCUGGAGAGCCUGGAGCUCAUGACUUCCAGUUCUCAGACCAGGCUGACAUUUGACCUCCCAACCCUGACCCCACAGGUGAAGGCUCAGAUGUAUCACAGUGCACGGCAGAUCGUGGAGCUGAGCUUUGCCCCCCUUGCACAUGCCGAGAUGCCCAGUGUGUCUGAGUCGGUUCUGACCAUUACAGGGGACACGGAUGCAACAAGGGCACCGUCUAGCGAACGGCUCAGCAGUGGCUCGGACGACAGAUCAGCUGGACACAGCUGGACCAGUGACAAUUUGUUUAUACUGCCUAGGGAGAAAUCUCCACGACUGGCUACAAAUGUGGUCUUGAAUCAGGAGCUGAAUGAGCGUUUGGGACUGGGAAGCAACGACACACUAACCAGCAGUAACCGUGCUGACCUGGAGGCUGCUAAGCGAUUGGCUAAACGGCUCUACAACCUCGAUGGGUUCAGGAAGUGUGACGUCUCGUGCCACUUGUGCAAGAAUAAUGACUUCAGCCAGAUGGUAGCAGAGGAGUACCUGGCUUGCUUUAAUUUUACAGGGCAAACGUUGGAUCAGGCACUGAGGACAUUUUUACAGGAAUUUGUGCUAAAAGGAGAAACACAGGAGAGAGAGCGAGUCCUAGCCCACUUCUCACAUCGAUACCUGCAGUGCAACCCUAUUCUCACUCUCUCUGAAGACAGCAUCCACACGCUGACCUGCUCCCUGAUGCUGCUGAACACAGACCUGUAUGGCCCGAAUAUUGGCAAGCGGAUGUCCUGUUCUCAGUUCAUUGGAAACCUGGAGGGACUGAACAAUAGCCAGGAUUUCCCAAAGGAACUUCUCAAGGCGCUCUACAACUCCAUUAAGAAUGAGAAGCUUCAAUGGACAAUUGAUGAGGAGUUGCGUAAGUCGUUCUCGGAGUUGGGAGAGCAUCGUGAAGACACAAAUUCAAGAGACAUGAAGUGCACAGGGAGAGGGAUAGUGCCAGCAUCUGGUGCACUUCUCUACAAGAUGGGUUUCCUGGUACGCAAAGUCCACGCUGACAGUGACGGGAAAAGAACUCCACGUGGAAAAAGAGGUUGGAAGACUUUCUAUGCUAUCCUGAAGGGUCUUAUUCUUUACCUCCAGAAGGGUGAGAUUCAGCCUGAUAAGCAGCUUUCUGAUGAAGAUCUGAAGAACGCCGUGUCCAUCCACCACUCGCUGGCUGUUAGAGCCACUGAUUAUCACAAGCGGCCCAACGUGUUCUACCUGCGCACGGCCGACUGGAGGGUCUACCUGUUCCAAGCUCCGAAUGCGGAACAAAUGCAGUCUUGGAUUACUCGCAUCAAUACAGUGGCAGCAUUGUUUUCUGCGCCGCCUCUCCCAGCUGCCAUUGGUUCCCAGAAGAAAUUCAGUCGUCCACUGCUACCAGGCUCCACCUCCAGACACUCACAGGAGGAACAGGUAGAAGCUCAUGAGGCUCGCUUUCAUGCCACCUCCACAGAGUUGGCAGAGCUUCGCUCAUACCCACCUGAUCGGAAGGUCAAAGGUCGUGAGCUUGAGGAAUACCGGCUUAGGGAGGAGUAUUUGGAGUUCGAGAAAACACGAUAUGAGACAUACAGCAUGCUACUGAGAGCGAAGCAGCGCUGUGAAAGUGAUGAUCUGUCAGUCUUUGAGGCCAUGCUGCUGGCAGAGGGGUCUCUGCAGAGGGCUCAGUCCAGCCCCAGUCUCCAGGAGAUCAGUGUCACUUGCAGCACCAGAGACAAAGCUCCUUCCAACACAGGCAAUGGCACAGGCACAAGCCAAGGCCAGAGACACAGUUAUCGCCAGGCUGUCAGAAAAUGACUCAGGAAACUUGCAGAAAGCUCUUUGUUCUAGGAAUGAAGUGAGGUGAUUCUCUUUUCCUGCUCUUUGUGCCUGGAAGUAGUGGCACAGAUCCUGACUGAGUCUGACUCUGAGAUCAUAAUGUGGUCAAAGAAGUCACAGUGCAGGAGCUGAAUAAAGAUGUGGAGGUACAGGAAUGUGUGGGGAAACACUCCAUGGUGUUUGUCAAGGGCUGAAUUGAGGGACAGAAGAAAUUUUAUCUGUUCAUCUACAACCCCUCUCUCCCAAUGCCCAUUAUGUCUUCAGUUUCCAUGUGUUCUUUGGAUUUGCACACACAGAUCGAAUCAAUUUUAGGACCAAAAAGAGCUCUGUACCUUUAAAAAUGACUGUUAGCCCUGCAGCAUCGUAACGGCAGUUACUCAAAUCGAUGGUGUUGUCGAUCCCUGUUUUUACAAACCAUACUAGAAUUCCACUCACUAUUCAUGUAGUUUAUGGAACCAAAGGGCAUCUCAGCCCAUAAAGUUAUAUCUUAUUUGUGCCCACAAUUUUUACUUGCAUGCAUAACAGCACAUAGCUGUUCCAAUUAUGUGAUUCUGCUGGACUGAAUCCCAAACAGUAUGAUUUUAGUUCAGCACCAAGGUAUAACAAUGUAGUCAAUUUGGAAGCUGUUAUAAAAGGAUUCUGUCAGUCGUUAAUUUUGACCAGAAAUCACUUCCAGGAAUCAACCAACUUGAAAUAACUCCCAGUGGCACUACAAUUAAAAAAAAAUACAAUUUGUGGACUGAGUGGAUUCUCUUUGGGAUCGAACAAGUGGCUUUUCAUUUUGAAUGCAAAAAUUUGUAUACCCCAGAAUGUCUCUUGCACUCAAACUCAAAUAUUCUUACCUUUAUUAUAUGUCUCUGGAGUUUAUUUCCAUUUUGAAUAUUAUAACAUGUUACUCGUCCUUAAUUCUUUUUCUUGGUUUUCUUGGCUGAGUGUUUUUGUCUAAUGUGGCCAGCAUGGCUGAAUAGUGAUGGCUUCUUGUAAACUCCUCUCUUCUGCAAAAAAGCAGUGAAUCUAGUGGUGAUGAGAAAUAUACAAUGUCUUUUGGCUGUCUUUUAGGCUUCUCAUGUUUCCUACCUUUCUUUCUGGAUGCCCCCUAUGGCACCUGGUCGUUUCCUAAGUCUUCUGCUCCGACGGAUUAAUUCUGAUUGUGAUGGAUUUAAAACUACUGAAAUCCAAUUAAGUAACCAUUGUCAUGUCAUUGAAAGCCACCAGCAGUAACCAAAAAGCAAACACAUCACAUCAUAUAAAAGCUGGUACCAGUAAAAUGUGAUUUCGUUUUUAUAUGGCAAUCGACUUUGCAUAGGACAGCUUGGCCAAUGGUUAACAUGGAUCUGAUUUCGAUCUGGCUAACCAUAGACAUUUGACCAAGAAAUACAAAUAACAAAAUUCAGCUGAAAUACAAGACACGUUAAAUGACUAGGUGUACAUGGUGCAAGUGUGUCUGAUUUUAUUUUUGUUUUUCACUUGGGUAGUGGAUACAAUUUGAUCCAUUAUUGUGUUAUGUUUUGUAUGUGUAUAUGAAUGAGUGCUUGGAAAAAAAUUCUUGAUCAAUCAAAUGUAUUUUGAAUGUGCGGUACAUGGCUGGAUCAUGGAUAAUCAGUUUAUGGAUCAUCAACUGCAUCCUGUUCAGCAUAGACCUAUAUUUGUAUGCUCAGUCAGAACAUUUUCAUGUUCACUUAUUGGCACGCUUUGACCUGUAUGAGAGAUAUUAAUACACAAAUGAAAAUCUAAUGUCUGUAUAUUGUAUGUAUAUUAAUUACCAAGGCAUCGUCUAUUAGAAUAUUAUAAACUCAGUGAGUCAUGGUGAUGAGAUUCAGCAGUCACAUUAGGAGAUUCACUUGUUCUCAUCAUAUAAUAUAUUUAUUAUUCUGUUUGGUAAAAUGGUUUCAGCAAGUAAAUGUUGCAAAACAAA